AUGACGACCGCGGACGCCGUCACGGCCCGCGAGUUCGCCUACGCCGUCGCCUUCGCCGGCGCCGGCGGCCGCACGGUCGAGGCCUGGGUGCAGCACGCCGACGAAACCGCCAACCUGGCCCUGCUCGCCUUUGUUCCCGACCGCUCCUGCCCAGCCGCGCUGCAGCCUCGUUCCCCGGCCCACCACGAGGGAGCAAGGCCCGGAAAGAUAGGGUUCCCGGCCCAAUACAGCCCAAACCCUAGAGAAAUCAUCACCACACCAGUGGAACGCCGCCUGCAAAACGCAAGGAACCGCCUCAACCGUUGGCGGUCGCCGCCGUCCUCCACUUCGGCCGGCGCCCCCCCGCCCCCUUCCACGUCCGCCGGCGCCGGCGAGGGCACCUCUCUAUACAACUCCACCGGCGCCGUGGUCUCCCUCCAACUCCGACGACAACGCCAUCAGCAGGUAAGAAAGAUGUUGACACCAGAGCAUCUUACAACCAAGCGCAAGCAAACAGGCGAGGACACACGAUGCUCGAUUGAAAACCAAAAUGGUUGUGAAAAAGGAGACCUGAUACCAGGAUCCAUCUGUUCGGAUAUUGUAUCUGAAGCCGGAAGUGGUAACAGGAGUAAAUCUGGUAAUAGUUCCUCAAGUGAACUCAACCAGUAUUUGUUUAGAGUAAUACUCCAUCAAUGUGUUGUCUCCCUUGCUUCAUUCAUUGGUACCAUGUUAUUCAGUUGUACAGGCAUGUUCAUCCCACCUGAGUCAGAUGAUGAUCCAACAAGUAUUCUUACUUCAGCAAGUUUGAUUAGAUCUUCUGUCGAUGAAAGCAAGAUACUUGAUAACUUGACGAUUAAAGUGCGCCUUCAAAAUCAUCUAGUUGUCAUUGGAUGGUUGGACCAUUAUGAUUUGAAGCAUGAUCUUGCUGUUGUCAACAUUGAGUGUCUGCGUCCUUUUCGCGCAGCAACUAUUGAUUCCAGAUCUCAGUUGCAAUCUGAGUCCAACAUUAAGGCCGUAGCUGUGGGCCGAUGUUUCAACUCAGGCAUGUUAACAACAACAAGUGUGAUGGAGAUUUCCAGACUACGUGAUGAACUUGACAUGGCAUUUCUUGGAGGUCCCGUUCUUGGUUCUAAAUGUGGGAGGAUUGCUGGAAUAAGCUGUCAUGGAGGCAAAAUGGCUGUACUUCUACCACUGGACAAAGUUAUUGAAUGCUUGAAGCGGACUGGCAGUACUAAAGGGGGCCAUGGUACUAAAACCCCCAAAUUUGCAAAAAACCACAACUUCUAUGACCCGUGUCCAAGACGUGGUGGGUUCUAGGACCAUGUUUGGCGCGAGUCGUUUGAAGAGAAAUUUGAGGGUGAUAUCUGGAGUGAACUCAGCAAAGAACUUCCUUCAGCUUUCUCUGAAUGUGUUGUCGCGCUUGCAUCAUUUGAUGAAGAUGGAAUGCUUUUUGCUUGCACAGGCAUAUUUAUAAACCAUUACCCUGCAAGAAUUCUGACUUCAGCAAGUCUAGUUAGAAAUUAUGAUAACAAAAGCAAGAUUGAUGAUACCUUGAAGAUUGAAGUGCGCCUUCAAAAUAAAAGCUGUGUCGCGGCAACCCUGAAGCACUAUGAUUUACGUUAUAAUGUUGCUGUUGUUGACAUGAUCUGUUUCCGCAGUCCUUACGCAAUAGAACUUAAGAAAGCUAUUCAUUUGGCCCCGGACAUUGAUGUAGUGGCUGUAGGAUGUUGCUUCGAAGGUUGCAAGUUAAUGGCUACAAAGGGGAUGUUGGUUGAUGGACGAAGCAAACUGGAUUGCAAAGCCCUUGGGGUCUCCACAUGUAAAAUCACCAAGUUUGUUAGGCUGGGAUUGGAGGGCCUCUCAUUGAUAAUCGUCAGAAUUUUAUUGGCAUGAAUUUUUAUGAUAAAGAAGAAACUCCAUUCCUAUCAAGGAAACAAAUCCAGGAGAUCUUAAGGCAA